UCACGGUGGAAACUGGCACUCAGUAGGAAACAGGAAAAUGUACUGAGGGCAAACCCCUCUGUAAAGGAUCUCUGUGGGCGGAUAUUUAUUUCGGUUUGCACUAAAUUAGUCUUAGCUUCGCAAAAACCCUUUGUCUGUGGGACGGUGGGUCCCACCAUGGCAACCAUUAUCUAUUCGUGGAAACGACAUCUGAUGACUCCGCCCGGGCUGGGGGUGGGGAGGGAGCACCGCGUGGAGAGCUCGACUGAGAAUUAAAGUGAGUGAACAAAGAGAACUCCCAGCAGCCGCCCGCCCGCGCCUCGCAGCUGCACCAGGAGACGUCAGUCACGCCCGGAAGGCUGUUCCAGUCCGCCUCCUUGGAAAAGGAGCUCAAGUAAAUAAUUGAUGGAGAUUGACCGAACCCAGGACAAAGCUUUGCAGGAAACCAGUGCAUCCGUGUUCAAGCGGUUUUGGAAUCCUCUGCGAAGUACAAGAUGAAAGAAUAGGCCAGGACUUUGAGCGCUGCUGCCAAUCUUCCAUCUCGGGCGUGGCUCUGGCCUUUUUUGUCUCUUUAUUCUGCCACUCCCCACCCCCGCCCCCGCCCCCGUCUUCUUCUCUUUCCUCUUGAAAGUAACCUCUCUUCGGUUACUUCUACCCUGUCUUCCCAUGCAAUCCCGCCCUCUCCCCUGCCCAGUCCGGUGAGGUCAGCUCAUGAAUAUCUCUGCACUUCCUAGGGAGCGUCUGGCUCAGCUUGGUACCUCUCGUGUUAGCCUGCUGAGAACCGCAGCUCCAGCCCAGCCGCGGACCUCCGGGAAGUCACCCGCUCUGGGGACAGCUGAAUCUUGACGUUACCGCCAUUGUUUGGAAAAAUCGAGUGGGUGUGGAGCUGGGGUGAGCAAGCCCAAAGUCGCAUACAAUAAUACGAAGUUGAACUUUCCUCGGCGCAGAAAGGCACAAUAGUAAACCCUGACAUCUCCGGAAUAUCAGAAGGAAAGUGCUGUUGAUUUGCAUCAACUACUUGGAAACCUCGCCUUUGCUGAGAACUCAGGGAAGGAAGAUUGGCGGCGGUGAAGAGGGAAGAGGAUGCUCUAGUAAUGGGCUAUUCCAAAUCGCAUCUGGUAGGUUCUUCCUAGACAGCCAUGAGUCAGCCACCGACCGGGGGCGCUGCCCCUGCCACAGCAGCAGCUUCUCCCGCCGCUGCAGCCACUGAGGCUCGUCUGCAUCCGGAGGGCAGCAGCAGAAAGCAGCAGCGAGCUCAGUCACCCGCUAGACCAAGGGACAAUUCGCUGCGACAGACAACCGCGGGCACCCGGUCCCCAGUGGGGGCCGGCACUAAACUCAAUUCUGUUCGGCAGCAGCAGCUGCAGCAGCAGCAACAGCAGGGUAACAAGACAGGGAGCCGCACAGGGCCGCCCGCCGGCGCCCGAGGAGGCGGAGGCGGGGCCGAGAAGGCGACGCCCCUGGCGCCCAAAGGGGCCGCUCCAGGAGCUGUCCAGCCGUUGGCUGGUGCUGAAGCGGCCCCCGCCGCGACCCUGGCAGCUUUGGGCGGCAGGAGGACCGGACCGCCCGAGGAGCCGCCUCGGGAGCUAGAGUCCGUGCCCUCGAAACUAGGGGAACCCCCUCCGCUCGGGGAAGGGGGAGGAGGGGGCGGGGAAGGAGGAGGAGCCGGCGGCGGCUCCGGGGAAAGGGAGGGGGGCGCUCCGCAGCCGCCGCCGCCCAGGGGCUGGCGAGGGAAAGGCGUACGCGCUCAGCAGAGGGGCGGCAGUGGCGGGGAGGGGGCCUUCCCUUCGCCAUCCUCCUCUUCUGCGGGCAAAACCCCAGGACCCGGCAGCAGAAACUCCGGAAGCGGUGUUGCGGGGGGCUGCAGCGGUGGUGGAGGGAGCUACUGGAAGGAGGGAUGUCUGCAGUCUGAGCUCAUCCAGUUCCAUCUCAAGAAGGAGCGGGCGGCAGCGGCGGCGGCCGCGGCUCAGAUGCACACUAAGAACGGCGGCGGCAGUAGUAGUCGCAGCUCUCCGGUCUCUGGCGCCCCUGCCAUUUGCGAGACCCUGGCCGUCCCCUCCGCCUCCCCAAUGGCGGCGGCGGCGGAGGGCCCCCAGCAGAGCGCAGAGGGCAGCGCUAGCGGCGGGGGCAUGCAGGCGGCAGCGCCCCCUUCGUCGCAGCCGCACCCGCAGCAGCUCCAAGAGCAGGAAGAAAUGCAGGAGGAGAUGGAGAAGCUGCGAGAGGAAAACGAGACUCUCAAGAACGAGAUCGAUGAGCUGAGAACCGAGAUGGACGAGAUGAGGGACACUUUCUUCGAGGAGGAUGCUUGUCAACUGCAGGAAAUGCGCCACGAGUUGGAGAGAGCCAACAAAAACUGCCGGAUCCUGCAGUACCGCCUCCGCAAAGCCGAGCGCAAAAGGCUCCGCUACGCCCAGACUGGGGAAAUCGACGGCGAGCUGUUGCGCAGCCUGGAGCAGGACCUCAAGGUUGCAAAGGAUGUAUCUGUGAGACUUCACCAUGAAUUAGAAAAUGUGGAAGAAAAGAGAACAACAACAGAAGAUGAAAAUGAGAAACUGAGGCAACAGCUCAUAGAAGUUGAAAUUGCAAAGCAGGCUUUACAGAAUGAACUGGAAAAAAUGAAAGAGUUAUCCUUAAAAAGAAGAGGAAGCAAAGAUUUGCCGAAAUCUGAAAAAAAGGCUCAACAGACUCCCACAGAGGAGGACAAUGAAGAUCUGAAGUGCCAGCUGCAGUUCGUUAAGGAAGAAGCCGCUUUGAUGAGAAAGAAAAUGGCCAAGAUUGAUAAAGAGAAGGACAGAUUCGAACACGAGCUCCAGAAGUACAGAUCCUUCUAUGGGGAUCUGGACAGUCCUUUGCCCAAAGGAGAAGCUGGGGGCCCUCCCAGCACCAGGGAGGCUGAGCUCAAGCUACGGCUAAGGCUGGUGGAGGAAGAAGCCAACAUCCUGGGCAGGAAAAUCGUCGAACUGGAGGUGGAGAACAGAGGCCUGAAGGCGGAACUGGACGACCUGAGGGGCGAUGACUUCAACGGCUCGGCCAACCCGCUCAUGAGAGAGCAGAGCGAAUCCCUGUCGGAGCUGCGGCAGCACCUGCAGCUGGUGGAAGACGAGACCGAGCUGCUGCGGAGGAACGUGGCUGACCUGGAGGAGCAGAACAAGCGCAUCACCGCGGAGCUCAACAAGUACAAGUACAAGUCCGGCGGCCACGACAGCGCGCGGCACCACGACAACGCCAAGACCGAGGCCCUGCAGGAGGAGCUGAAGGCGGCGCGCCUGCAGAUCAAUGAGCUCAGCGGCAAGGUCAUGCAGCUGCAGUACGAGAACCGCGUGCUCAUGUCCAACAUGCAGCGCUACGACCUGGCCUCGCACCUGGGCAUCCGCGGCAGUCCCCGAGACAGCGACGCCGAGAGCGACGCGGGCAAGAAGGAGAGCGACGACGACUCGCGGCCGCCGCACCGCAAGCGCGAGGGGCCCAUCGGUGGCGAGAGCGACUCGGAGGAGGUGCGCAACAUCCGCUGCCUCACGCCCACCCGCUCCUUCUACCCGGCGCCCGGCCCCUGGCCCAAGAGCUUCUCCGACCGGCAGCAGAUGAAGGACAUCCGCUCGGAGGCCGAGCGCCUGGGCAAGACCAUCGACCGGCUCAUCGCCGACACGAGCACCAUCAUCACCGAGGCGCGCAUCUACGUGGCCAACGGGGACCUGUUCGGACUCAUGGACGAGGAGGACGACGGCAGCCGCAUCCGCGAGCACGAGCUGCUCUACCGCAUCAACGCGCAGAUGAAGGCCUUCCGCAAGGAGCUGCAGACCUUCAUCGACCGCCUCGAGGUGCCCAAGUCUGCGGACGACCGCGGCGCCGAGGAGCCCAUUUCCGUGAGUCAGAUGUUCCAGCCUAUCAUUUUACUUAUUCUCAUUCUUGUAUUAUUUUCAUCACUUUCUUACACAACAAUAUUUAAACUUGUCUUCCUUUUUACACUGUUUUUUGUACUGUAAAUCGUUCAUCAUUUACCAUUCAUUGUAGUAUUUUCAGUUUGUUUAUUUUGUUCACCCUUCAAGACAAGAAGUAAAAGAAGUAUAAUUUCUGUAGUAACCAAUG